AUGUCAGACUUGGGCUUCACACCCGCGGAGAUACGCUUUGCCACUGCAACUCUCGCAGCAAUCGCUGCUCUCGCGCCCAUCGCAUACCUUCUCUAUCCAUCGCAGUCACAAGAAUCAAGCGCGCACAUCCAGACUUUCAACAAGUUCAUAGAGAGCUACUCGACUCUUCGCCCUCAAGCCCUGACAACGUACGCCACCCGCGACUUUAGCCAUACCUCCCUUCCUGCAGACCUGCACCUACCCACUCGUUCGAUUCAGCCGUUCCGCGAACAUGCCGAGACGGUUUUCGAGAUCUUUAGCGACUUUCAGGUAGUUCCUGAAGACGAUGGUCAGGGAGGCAGAGCGGUGCACUUUUCAAAAGACACAAAUACGGUAGUCGCGCACUGCAAGAUGGGAGGCAAGGUUAAUGGUGACGGUGAAUUGGGAACGCAAUUGUUGGAAAGUGGGAUCACAGAGUGGUGGACUGAGGGUGUCCUAUUUGUGAAGUUGAGCAAGGAUGGGAAGCGGGUUGAAGGUGUGAGAGAGUUUAUGCAUAGCAAAAAGGCGGAGGAGUUGCAGAUUCGUUUGGACGGAAUCUUGAGCGAGUGA